AUUCCCAGCAACCAAAUUCGGAAACCGACUUGCUAAUUACAAGCAAAUUUUAUUUCGAGGGAUAAGGAAAUUAAUUACUACCGAUGCUUGCCGUAUUUCUCUCUCUUCCCCAUUCGUCCUCCCCUCUCUAGAGUACAUGAACGCGAGCCAGUCUCCCGAGCUCUGCUAUUUUCCAUGAACGUCGUCGAAUCCGCCGCUGAAGAAACCCUAAUCGAUCCGUUCCUUGUUGAGGUACGCCCAAAAAAAUUAUUCGAAGAAUAGGGCUUUCUUAGAUUGAUAGGAUUGUCUCUACUCUAUUACUUCGGAUUAGGGAUUUCGUUAUUCCAAUUCCACUCCGGGAGAAGUUACGGUUUUGGUAAGAGGUGCUGAAGAAUUUGUUCCGGACUGCUACAAUCGAUUGAGCUUCUGGAUAAUGUGUAUACUCUGUGUGAUUCAGAGGUGGUCUCGGCGGGUCGCGACCAUGCUACCGUGGCUUGUGAUCCCGCUUAUCAUUCUCUGGGCGCUUUCCCAGCUUCUCCCUCCCGCUCUCCGAUUCGAGAUCACAUCACCUCGCCUUGCCUGUGUUCUCGUCCUUUUAGCUACGCUUUUCUGGUACGAGAUUCUAAUGCCCCGCCUCUCAAAUUGGCGGGCUCGCCGUGCUGCCCGCCUCCGCGAGCGCCGCCGAACUGAGGCUUUAGAGCUCCAGAAACUUCGUAAAACUGCUACACGUCGUUGCCGGAAUUGCCACAUGCCUUAUCGUGAUCAGAACCCUGGUGGUGGCCGGUUUAUGUGCUCCUACUGUGGUCACAUCUCGAAAAGACCGGAGCUUGACCUGCCGGAUCAGAUGGAAAGUUCGAUGAUUGCUGAUUUUGUUGGGAAGAGUGGCUGGUUGUGUUAUGCUGAUGGGAAUGGUAACUGGGCAGGACCUGAUCCAAAGUACUGGAAUGGAAAUGAUCGUAGCUGUUCAACGGAAAGAUCUUGUUUUGGUGUGAUUUUCCUUGCCUGCAAGCUACUUUCAUGUUUUUUCUCGUGUAUGAGGUGGCUUCGUAGCAAGUUUUUCAGAUUUGGUUCUUCAAGGGAGGAUGGAUCUUUAGAUUCAGAUCACAGAGGAUUGUUAGGGAAAGGAGAGAGUAGUGGAAAUUUCCAUAAAAGUAGAGGAGAGAAAGCUAGAAGGAAAGCGGAGGAUAGGCGGCAGGCUCGGUUGGAGAAGGAGAUGCUAGAGGAGGAAGAGAGGAAGCAGAGGGAAGAGGUUGCAAGGCUUGUAGAGGAAAGGAGGAGAGUGCGGGAUGAGAUGUUGGCAGCUGAGGCAGAGCGUUCAAAGGGCUCAGAUGUUGAUGGAGAUAGAGGUGGCAAGAAGGAAAUGGAUAGGAGGAGGAGAGAUAGAAGGAAAGACAAGGACAAAGCAUCCAGCAAGAGCAAUUCUGAUGGUGAAGAGCAUGAGAAGAGGGCAGCGAGGGAAAAUGAAAGGAAAAGGGAGUUGGAAAAGAAGGUUGAGAAUGAAUUGAGCGAUUUGCGGAAGGGUCCUGCUGAUAAUUACAAAUCACAGGCCUCAGAUGGUUUUUAUGGAAACAAGGCUACUGUGAAUAAUUCCAGAUAUUUCGACCGUAUGAAAGGCUCUUUUUUAAAUUCUUCUAGAGGUUUUGCUGGUCCCUUCUUUGGAAGGAACAUACAAAACUCUGCUCCUGUUACCAAGACUGUUAAGCCUGCCACUGGAAUUAUUGAUCACGGUCAGACUUUUGGAAACAAAAGAGAUACUCAUCCUGCAGUGCGUGUGGCUGGUAAAUCAUCUUCUAGUGCAGGCGAUAAGGCUUCUGAGACAAGCUCAAGUCGACUUGGGACUACACAUGCUCAACCAAAAACAACUGUUAUAAAAAAGUCAUGGCAGCAAUUGUUUACUCGUUCCUCAGCAGUUUCUCCAUAUCCUGAUGCAAAUUCUGCUACUCAACUGAAGCAAACUGGUCAAAUAGCAGAUCUAGUUGAUCAUCCAUCUAAGAAAAACUUAUUACAAAGCUACUCUCCCCCUGAUAACCAAGUUGAUUUUAGGAAAUCAUCACCUUUCGCAGCCUUCCCUCCUACAAGCUCUUCUUUUCCAACCAAUCCAAUUUUUCCUAUCAUCCCUGAUACAUCAUUCCCUCCUCUCGAAGAGCCGCCAAGAAGCUCAGUGUCAGAAGACGCUGAAUUAUUUGAGGAUCCAUGCUAUGAUCCUGAUCCCAUUUCCUUGUUGGGGCCUGUGUCAGAGUCGCUCGACAAAUUUCCGUCGGACUUAGACACCGGAUUUACUUUGACGAACGAAGGAUCUUCAUAUUUGAAGAAUAUUUUGACUUCUGCAGACAUGAAUAAGCCUUCCCCUAUCGAACCCCCCUUGUCAAAACUAAAUUUGCCCCCUUAUCCUAAUUCAGAUCCAUCCACCAAUAUAAAAGAACAAAGUACAUGGCAAAUGUGGGGCACUCCAUUGCCUCAGGAAGGGCUGGGUUUGAUAGGUCGUCCCUCCCAGUGGCUUUCACCUCUUGCACAAAACAAUUCUCUAUCCCACAAUCCUGUAGUACCGCCCAUCUCAAUUGGUAAUGAACAAAAUUGUGGGACUUAUAGUCCACUUAGUCCUACCUUUAAUGAUAACGGCAUAUGGCAGCAGAAUUUCUUCCAGUCUCCCUCGCCCGUGGUUGAUGAUAUUCAUUUGCUGCCCCUUGAUCUCAUGGUUAAUAUCUCUCAGGGUGAAUCUUCUUAUAGUAGUCCGGUAAAAUCUACUGUUGGACAACCUUUUGAAACACACCCAACUAAUGGUUGGACCAAGGAUGACUCUGUUUUUGAUGAUUCCCAGCAAGCUAAAAACCUGAAUCCUGGAAGUGCUAAUAUCGGAAGCCUUUUCUCAAGAGGGCCAGAUUCACCUUCUGUCUGGUCUUUCACUAAAUAGCAAUAGAAAUAAAACUAUUAACACCAUUGUCUCCUGAAGGCAAGCUUCCUUUUUGCCUCUUUAACAAGAGUUCAGGAAUCACAAGGCAAACCUAGCUGCAAUGUAUCCGUCAUUUGUGUAAAUCAUAUAACAAUUUCAUUCAAGCCGGAAUAGAUGGAAUGCAUGCAUUCUUGCGACAUUGGUAGCUAAAUAUAACUUUUUUUCUCAAAUAUUUUUGCAGGCUUCUUCAUCUA